CCAAUCAGGUCCUCUGCGGCUCGCAGAAGCUCAGGCACCCGGCCGGCUCAGCCUGCGCCGGGCCGCCUAGCUAGCUCCGGGCUCGGCAGGCGGCCCGCGGGGUCCUGGAUUUCUGUACCCUCAUACAGAGGCCAAGCCAAGGCAGGCGCUGACCUGAGGCCCAGAGGCCCCCCGAGACCUUCGGUCAAGGAAAGGAAAUGCAGACAUAGAGGGCUCUGACCCCGGAAACAGACCAGGAGGUCCCUGCUUGCCUGUGGUGUGACACGUACCUAGCAUUUUAUGCUGACUCCCUCCGCUGACCCCUCCACACCACUGUUCCACACAGCUCCUGAACCAUGGGAGAGAAUGAAGAUGAGAAGCAGGCGCAGGCCAGCCAGGUCUUCGAGAACUUUGUGCAAGCUACCACAUGCAAAGGAACCCUCCAGGCUUUCAACAUCCUUACCUGCCUCCUGGACCUAGAUCCACUGGACCAUAGGAACUUCUACUCCCAGCUCAAGUCCAAGGUGAACACCUGGAAAGCCAAAGCCCUGUGGCACAAACUGGAUAAGCGCGGCUCCCACAAGGAGUACAAGCGAGGAAAAGCCUGCUCAAACACUAAGUGUCUCAUCGUUGGCGGAGGACCAUGUGGCUUGCGCACUGCCAUUGAACUUGCCUACCUGGGAGCCAAAGUAGUUGUGGUAGAGAAGAGGGACACCUUCUCUCGGAACAAUGUGCUGCACCUCUGGCCCUUCACUAUCCAUGACCUGCGUGGCCUAGGGGCCAAGAAGUUCUAUGGGAAAUUCUGUGCUGGCUCCAUCGACCACAUCAGUAUCCGACAACUGCAGCUCAUCCUGUUCAAGGUGGCCCUGAUGCUGGGAGUGGAAAUCCAUGUGAAUGUGGAAUUUGUGAGGGUUCUAGAGCCUCCUGAAGACCAAGAAAAUCAAAAAGUCGGAUGGAGGGCAGAAUUCCUCCCUGCAGACCACGCCCUGUCUGACUUUGAGUUUGACGUCAUCAUCGGUGCCGAUGGCCACAGGAACACGCUAGAAGGGUUCAGGAGGAAAGAGUUCCGGGGGAAGCUGGCCAUUGCCAUCACUGCCAACUUCAUAAACAGGAACAGCACAGCAGAGGCCAAGGUGGAGGAGAUCAGUGGUGUGGCCUUCAUCUUCAACCAGAAGUUCUUCCAGGACCUGAAGGAAGAAACAGGGAUUGACCUUGAGAACAUUGUUUACUACAAGGACAGUACCCACUACUUCGUCAUGACAGCCAAGAAACAGAGCCUACUGGACAAAGGCGUCAUCCUUAAUGACUACAUUGACACAGAGAUGCUGCUGUGUUCAGAGAAUGUGAACCAGGACAACCUGCUCUCCUAUGCCAGAGAAGCUGCUGAUUUUGCCACCAAUUACCAGCUGCCAUCCUUGGACUUUGCCAUAAAUCACAAUGGGCAGCCUGAUGUGGCCAUGUUCGACUUCACCUGCAUGUAUGCCUCAGAGAAUGCAGCCCUGAUGCGUGAGCGCCAGGCACACCAGCUGCUUGUGGCUCUUGUGGGUGACAGCUUGCUUGAGCCAUUUUGGCCCAUGGGCACAGGCUGCGCCCGAGGCUUCCUGGCAGCCUUUGACACGGCAUGGAUGGUGAAGAGCUGGGACCAGGGCACCCCUCCCCUGGAGGUGUUAGCUGAAAGAGAGAGUCUUUACCGGCUGUUACCUCAGACAACCCCAGAGAACAUCAACAAAAAUUUUGAGCAGUACACAUUGGACCCAGCCACACGGUACCCAAACCUCAACUUGCAUUGUGUCAGACCUCACCAGGUGAAGCAUUUGUACAUCACUAAGGAGAUGAACCGCUUCCCUCUCGAGAGAUGGGGCUCGGUGAGGAGAUCUGUCAGCCUCUCCAGGCGAGAGUCAGACAUCCGGCCUAACAAGCUCCUUACCUGGUGCCAGCAGCAGACCAAGGGUUACCAGCAUGUCAGAGUCACUGACCUGACCACAUCCUGGCGCAGCGGCUUGGCCCUGUGUGCUAUCAUCCACAGCUUCCGGCCAGAGCUGAUCAAUUUUGACUCGCUGAAUGAAGAUGACGCUGUGGAGAACAACCAACUGGCAUUUGAUGUGGCCAAGCGUGAGUUUGGGAUCCUGCCUGUGACCACAGGCAAAGAAAUGGCGUCUACCCAGGAGCCCGACAAGCUCAGCAUGGUCAUGUACCUCUCCAAGUUCUAUGAGCUCUUCCGGGGCACCCCACUGAGACCCAUGGAUUCCUGGCGUAAAAACUAUGGAGAAAAUGCUGACUUUGGCUUGGGCAAAACAUUCAUUCAGAAUAACUAUCUCAACCUCACAUUGCCCAGAAAGAGGACCCCACGGGUGGACACCCAGACUGAAGAGAAUGACAUGAACAAGAGGAGGCGGCAAGGCUUCAACAACUUGGAAGAGCUGCCAGCCUUCUCCAGCCGUAGCUUGGGCUCCAAUCAAGAGUAUGCUAAAGAAAGUAGCAGUCAGAACAAAGUCAAGUCCAUGGCCAAUCAACUGCUAGCCAAGUUCGAGGAGAACACUCGGAACCCUCCAGCCAUGAAGCAGGAAUCCCCGAGAAAGACAUUCCCCGUGAGCCUGGGUGUCAGGGACACCUGCUACUUUUGUAAGAAGCCUGUGUACGUGAUGGAGCGGCUGCGUGCAGAGGGCCACUUUUUCCACCGCGAGUGUUUCCGAUGCAGCAUCUGCGCUGCCACCCUGCGCCUGGCUGCCUAUGCCUUUGACUGCGAUGAAGGCAAAUUUUACUGCAAGCCCCAUUUUGUUCACUGCAAAACCAGUAGCAAACAGCGGAAGAGACGGGCAGAGCUGAAUCAGCAAAGAGAGGAGGAAGGAACAUGGCAGGAGCAGGAAGCACCUCGGAGAGAUGUUCCCACGGAAAGCUCCUGUGCAGUGGCGGCCAUCAGCACGCCAGAAGGCAGCCCUCCAGGUAUCCCCACCUCCUUCUUUAGGAAGGUAUUCAGCUGGCCUCUCAGGCUGACAAGAGGCCUGCUCAACCUGCCCCAGAGCCUGCUUAGGUGGAUGCAGGGACUCCUGCAGGCUGCUGGCCACCAUGUGAGGGACAAUGCUCACAACUACUGCUUCAUGUUUGAGCUCCUGAGCCUGGGGCUGCUGCUACUCUGGGCUUUCUCCGAGGUCCUGGCUACCAUGUACAGAGAGUCUGAGGAGUCUCUGGAGAGCAUCCGCAGCUGGCUGCUCAGGUUUAUCCCAGUGAAGCUGCAGUGAGGUGCACGCUGCCCCACAGUGCCCUAACAUUUCCAAGUGUAGACUGCGAUGUUUGGAGUUUGCUCAGGCUCUGGCCAGCAUCUGUAACCAAUUAGCUCCAAGCCAAAGAGUCCCACAUUGGCCACUUCCGCCUGACUUUGACAGGGUUGAGCAUCUGUUCAUGGUGCUAGGGCCAGGGACAACGUGAAGGAUUUUUUUUUAAUGUGUUUGUUUUCUAACAACUUUGUGGUUUGUGUUUUUUAAACCAAAGCGAGCCAUAUUUCUGGGUUUACAUUUCAAUUUUUAACUUUUCAUAAGCCAAAAAGAAAGCACUAUUUUUCUACAGGUAUCAAUAUUUUUGUUUCAGCUGUUUUCCAAGGCCCUUGAACUUGGCAGUGAGUUUAGAUUCAUUGCUGCCAGCAAAGUUAUUGAGCUGAGAGUAGAGUCACAAAAGAGAGGGUACUGACAUGGGGGCAGUGCCUUUUGAUUUACGCAUCCAGAUGCCACCUGGUCACAGUGGGUGCUGGGUUUGUUUGUUUCAAAAACAGAGAUAUGUAAAAAUAUACUGAGGUUGACAGAAGUAAGCACAGGGGUAGAAUAAACCAAAAUUGACCAAAGCACACAGCAGGGUGUCACUGUUAUCUGUCCUCAGGGUGGGAGAGAGGUAUCUUGCUCAUACUUUUUAAAAUCAAAAAGUGGCUUAGAGGCUUUCCCUCUUGUCCACCAAAUCACAGCCAAUGACAGAGAACCACAGGGUUGCCACACUGCAAACAGAUAUCUUCCUCCCCACUAAUGGAUACUGCAGUGAAAGCCUGUUGGCACUUGACCCUGAAUAGCUAUGUCAGGCUGAUGCAAUGCUGAGGACAAACUAUUUCAGAUGGCAUCCUUUUCGCCCCUAUUAAGUCCCCAACCCAGGCUGCAGGCAGAGCCAAAGCCCUUCAGGUCCACCAUGGCUCAGCUGCCUGUCACUUAUGUUCUUUGAAUCAGGCAUGUGAUUCCUCUGGGAAGCAUGGCCCUGAUCAGUGCUAGUGGCAUCCUGGAUGCUUAGUCACGUGUGGCUACCUUGCAUGUUUCAUCAACAUAGUCAAAGCCCCUUUUCCCAGUGCCCCAGAAAAAAUAGCAUCUGGUCUUUAGGUGGCUUCAAGCCCACACACAGUGUCCCCCCGACCCCCUGCUCUAGAAAGAGCCUUCAGCUGUCCCAGCUCCUCUCUGCAAUGCUCAGCUUCAGCAGCAGGCUGGGCAACUGGAAGGCUGAUAAGGGCCUUUUAGGUACUUUGUGUGUCUACAGUCACUGGGUACAAGACAGCCGUUUAUAGCUGCUACCGCUAGUGUGCCCUCUCAAGAUUAAGGAGGUCUGGUUAAAGAUGAGGCAUCUUGAGAGCUUUGACAUAAGCUUUCUGGAGGGUGGGGAAAGAAGGGUGCCUUUCUAGACUCUGCCCAGAAGUCAUGGGAAAGACAGGCAUGGCUGUGGCCAAGUCUGUGGGGACCAGCACCUCUGACCUUGUUGGAACUGUUGCCAAAGUGGUGACGUGCACUGUAUGUGCCCCAUAUAGCUGGGGUGUUAAUGGGCAAGUAUGAUGGGAGGAGCCCUUGAGUCCUAUUAGGUUUCAUUAUGUCACAUGAAUUCUCGAGGUCAUGUUGUGAGUUUUCUCCAACUCAGGGUGGGCUUGGAUGCUUUGUGGAAUGCUCUGGGAAGCUAGAGUGAACUCUCCAAAAAAAAAAAAAAAUCUCAUUUAUAGCCAUACAGAGGCUGGUUUGAAUUACCCUGGUAGACAGGGUGUGUCUGACUCAGGGCUGAGACAUCUGUGUAUUCUGAGACCUUGAGCCCUUCCUGUUGGACAACAGCAGGGGCAGGUCCUGGAGACAGAUACGCUAGAGAUGAAUUUGCCUCAAGAAUGAGUAUGAGACCCCAGGGUAAACCGAAGACAGGGGCUCAUGGGGGGCAGAAGGUCCUGGGAACAUUUGCAGACAAGAAUGGGGUUCUGUUACUCUGCAGACCCCGGGCAUCCACUGUUUGAAAUGAAUAGCUGGCCACCCCCAGGAAGGUUUGUCCCUCCUAAGCAGGCAGCCCUUUGUGAGGGGCCGUGGUUGCUCUAUUCCUCACCGCCAGUGUUCUUUCCUGUUGUGAUUUGUAUUUGUCUUAGGCCUUUGCUAAGUCCUCCUUUCUGUCUUUCUCUUUCCAAUCUCACUUUGCUGCCGCCAGUACGUUUCAGCCUUCCAGUCCUACACCCACUUCUUGGCUGACACUUCUGCUCUAAGGUGACUGAUUUUCUUGGCAAUUUUCAGAGAGAGGUACUAACCCCUAACCCGCUUUCCGCACCCCAUCCUUUGCGUCGGUGGUUCUGGUUGUGCUAACUGUGAGUGUCUUGCCUACUAACGGACUCCCUAGAGGCAUGAGUGGGAGACAGCAUGGGGCGGGGGUCAGCUUGAAAGCCACAUUCUGCCUCCCCUUCUUUGGAGCCCAGCCAGCAGCCUGGGUCCACGACAAGUGCAUGCCCCGUGCCCCUUCUCCUCUGCACCAUGCGCUGGCCUCUCUGCAUGUUUUCUCAGUUGCGCUUUCAAAACCUUUUGUCUUCUUGGGAGGGUUCACCAUGAUUGUGAGACAAUACUGAGGGCUCUUGUCACCUUUCAAAACAUUUCUACUUAAGUAACCUCUGAAAAAAGACAUGUCUAGGAAUAUCUUCUUCAGCCCAUUCUAAUACAAAGAUUACUAAUGCCUUUAAUUGAGACCAUAAGGGACUCAGUUUGGUGAGGUUUUAAAAGUAUACUUUUUUUCCUAGACUCCCAGGCCAGCUUGACCCAUGCUCUGUGCUGUGAAUAUAAUGAUGAUAAGUGAGCCUUUCCCCUCGUUCAGCAUAGCUAAUCCUAGGGGCUUGCUAUGCCUUUCACAUGCCUCUGGACUCUUAAGCCCCUUACUGUUUCACAAGCUUUUAAUCAGAGCAGUCGUGGUCCCAGGAGAAGGGCAGCCACUGUCGAUCCUUCUGUCAAUCUAUGGAAAGUGGCUUAGUAUCUCUGCUCAUUUACCUGGAGCAGCGCACCAGUCAUGUGCUACUACAAGAAGCAGUCACAAAGGAGGGCAGAAAGCAGAUGUGAGUCCAACCCCACAUUUUCAGACUGCAGCCAGAGUCCAUCUCACAUGCAGCUAGAGCUACCCUCUCCUCAGCUUCCACCCAGUCCUGCAUGCCACACUUGCUUGCUGUGUUGGCGCAGAGCCCAGCCAGUACAAAGUCCUCUCCUCUCCUCUUUUCUUCUCUUCCAGCAUUCCCCUCUCUAAAAUGUCAACCAAAGAGAGCCUCCCUCUCCCCUCAGCCCCCCUCACCCCGCUCUCAGCCUCUUUAGACAGCCUCCUCCCCAUCUCUCAACAAGGCAUGUCUGUGACCCUAGAGAAUUCAUUUACAGUGCCAUAUGGAACCCUGUAUUUUACACACACAGCAAACAAUGUUUAGGUUUAUUUAUGAUAUUUGAUGCUGUAAAUGAAAAUAAAUAUGGUUCUUUAUAAAG